ACACACACACACACACACACGCACACACGCUUGCUCGCUGUGUCUGAUCAAAAGGGAGAGAGGGGAGGAUGAUGAGGAAGAAGCAGUGAAGGAGAGAUCAGGGAAUAAAGGGGGGGUCUUAUUUUUGCUCGGAGCGGAAAAGGCGUCACAGAGGAAGAGAAAGAGGGGGGGCAUCACGCAGAGAGAGAGAGCGAGAUAGAGAGAGGGAGAGAGAGAGAGAGAGAGGGAGGCGACAGGCAGCAGCUCGUAAACACGACCGAAACACGGGAGAAAAGCACCGAUCGAACCGAGCCCCUCCAUCUCUAACGUCUCCAUCUCCAUCCCUUUGACGCACGACGCGUUUCCGCUUUCUGUCGCGGUCGGAUUGAAGGGAGGAGGAGGAGGAGGAGGGAGAGAGAGGAGGAGAGACAUCCCACUGCAGGUCCCGAUCCUGGGGGUGAAACAGCACCGUGCAGACCCUCUGCUGGUCCUCAAAACACACCGCGAGGACACCGAAAAGACCCCGAAAAGACCCCGAAAAGACCCCCGGCAUCACCAGCAUUAUGGCUUAGCGGCAGAAACACGAGCAGAAACACGAGCAGCUCCACCCGGAUCCUCCACCAUGAACCUCUGAAAGACAUCCGACACAGGCACAGAUGGGAAGCAGUAGCUGAAGCUCCGUCCGGUGACAUGUUGGAGUAAUUUCUGCAGACAUGUCGUGGCUUAAAGCCGCUCAGAGAUCACCAUGCCUGCGGUCACUCUGUGUGAUGAAAAUGCGGCGGCACAGGGUGUUCUUGCUGUGCACGGUGGGGCUGUGCGUCAUCUCCUUCCUGCAUUACUACAAGGCCCUCCAUUACGUGUCCCUGCUGCGAGAGCUCUCCGCCCCCUACCCCAACAUCAAGUCCUUCAUCAUGGUCACCGGCUUCUUCUGGAGGGAGAAGGGCGUGGGCAGCACCCCGAUUAGCCCCGCCUCCCCAGAAGAGGCCCCGCCCCUUCCCAUCCUCCGCCAAUCGGACACCAAAGCCAGAGCGGUGGCGGGCGAUGGAGGAGUUGGAGGACUGGGGAUCGGGGGGGUCGUGCUGGGAGGAGAUGGGAUCGUUGGUAAUGCAGGGCUGGAGGUGAGGUUGAGGGACGAGCCGGCACCCCCUCACCCCUGGGAGAAACCAGAAGAGAACCAGCGGGGGGACAAUCCCAUUGAUGAGAGAGCUGAAGACCACUUGAAACCCAGAAACCCGAGUCACCCUGCAGGCCCUGACCUCCCGGAGAACAUCCUGGUGGGUAAACAGCACAAGGACAGAAAACGGAUGCCCGACCCCUUAAAAUUAUUGGGAGACCUCCACACCCGCAAUCACCAGCUCCUCAAUGACAGAACAGCUUUCUUUGUCCGAACCAAAGCCGGAGCCUUUUGUUUUAGGCAGGGAACAGAGGUGGCUACCCAAAAGGAAUACUCUGGGAAAACUGGGGGGGUUGUGGCUAACGGAGCAGGGGAAGGUCAUCGAAAUGCUGGGCAAAGGAAGCCUCUGGAGGUCCAGCAGCAGCCCUCCAUGAAUCCUAAAGCAAAGACCAGAGCCAGAGGGAAUGGGAAGCGUCUGGUGAAGUGCGUGUGUCGGCCGGGGUGGCACGGGCCGUACUGCGGGGUUCCCACCAUGGUGUACCACUCCAACCUGCCCACCAAGGAGCGGCUGACGCCCAGAGAAACCCCGCGGAGGGUCAUCAACGCCAUCAACGUGAACCACGAGUUCGACCUGCUGCACGUACGCUUUCACGAGCUCUCACAGGCAGUCGAUCUCUUCCUCGUCUGUGAAUCCAACUUCACUGCAUACGGAGAGAAACGGCCUCUGAGUUUCCUGCGGCUCCUGCUCAACGGUACGUACGACUACAUCCGUCACAAGAUCCUGUACGUGUUCCUCGAUCACUUCCCAGAAGGCGGUCGGCAGGACGGCUGGAUCGCGGACGACUACCUGCGAACCUACCUGACGCACAACGGCUUGUCCAGGGUGUCGGGUUUAAGAUCGGACGACGUCUUCGUCAUCAACGACGCAGAUGAGAUCCCAGCACGAGAGGGCCUCCUCUUCCUCAAGCUGUUCGAUGGCUGGACGGAGCCUUUCGCCAUCCAUAUGCGCAAGUCGCUGUAUGGAUUUUUCUGGAAGCAGUUUGGCUCUCUGGAGGUGGUGUCCGGCUGCACGGUGGGCAUGCUCCGAGACGUCUACGAUGGCGACGGUAUCAAGCUCCGGCGCCGCGAGUACUACACCAUGCCGGGUUUCCGCAAGUACGAGAACGACACGGGCCACAUCCUGGUGCAGUGGUCGGUGGGAAGCCCCUUCCACUUCGCCGGCUGGCACUGCUCCUGGUGCUUCAGGCCCGAGGGCAUCUUUUUCAAGCUGGUGUCGGCUCAGAACGGAGACUUCCCGCGGUGGGGGGACUACGAGGACAAACGGGACCUCAACUACAUCCGGGAUCUGAUCCGGACGGGGGGCUGGUUCGAUGGCUCCCUUCAGGAAUAUCCCCCUGUGGACGCCAAAGAGCACAUGUACGCGCCAAAGUAUAUGCUGGAGCACUAUGAACGGUACCGCUACCUCCUGGAGAACCCUUACAGCAAAGCGUCCGACGGCUAGGAGUUCUGCAAGGAUAGAAUAUGUGACGUUACUAGUAGGACCCGAAUGAGGCCUCGGCACUGAGUUUUGGGGGGCGAAACGGUACUGAAGAACUACAUCUCUCAUUGGAGGGAUACUACAUGAAUCACCAGGCAGCACUGAUGUUGCAAUCUCUUAAAAAUAUUAUUUUGGGGUGAAAAAAGGGAUCACUGAACCGCAUCGUCCUUGGAUUCACAGAGAGGUCUCUUGAGAGGAUACAACCACUGGAUAAAACACAUCAUAGAUUUCCUCAUCCCUCCCUUUUUUGGGGGAGGAGCCAAGCUGUCUCUCUUUCUGUCACCCUGUCCUCUCUUUCUUCCUCCGAGCUGAUUGGUCGUUUGGAAGUAAAGAGAGGUGUAUUACAGAGCCGAGUGGAGACACUUGGAAUUGGGGAAUUGUUUUUUUUCUGUCUGUGUUUACUAAAGUUUACGGCUGAUGUUCCCACUUCUUUCUCCCACUUCAGACGUCUUCCUGUCAUAUUUGGUGACCUCCUUCUACAAACAGACAUGUUUUACGUUAUUCUUUGGUCUCAGUAGAUAAGUAUAAAUCCCAUCACACCCCGCUGGAGAACCCACUGCCAAACGACAGGAAUGAAUCGAUGGGAAUGUCUCAAUGUCCUCAUGCACCUUGUGUGUUUGAAAGUGUGUGUGUGUGUGUGUGGUCUACUUUUGUGUCAUACUGCGUGGUAUACCGCCUGUGAACGAGGGGGGGGGAGAUGGGGAGGCAGGAGGCGGGAAAGCAAGUAAUGAGCGGCGAUGAAAGGGAAAGAAAAGGAGGCUCUCUCUCGACGCUUUCCCACAGUAUCUGCUGACGCACCAGUGUGGCAGGGAUGAGUGAUCUGAAUGUGUGUGUGUGUGUACGCUCUGAAUAAAUCAUACCCCGUCGAUGGCAUAUGAGACGGAUGAAACUCGCCGUCAUUGUUUGUCCGAUGAGAGGAAUCGAGAAAGACAAGAUGACCCUUCAGCAUUCGUCUUUCUGCGACUGCGAUGACUUAGUUCCCUUGGAAACUAAAGCGGAGUGUGUGAGAGACGGGCUGGGUGUUUAGAGAUAAGUGGGUGGGUGCUCUUCGGGCGGCGUUCAUACGAGGUCAACACCGACCGAGAAUCCCCUUAGUUUGAUAUUCCUCUCUCUGCUCGACGCCCACUCUCUGAAACAGACACUUCCUUUCUGUGUUCGUGCUGCUAAGUGUCCUCUUUCUUCUUCCUCUAGUGUUGGUUUCCUCCUGAUCCCAUAACAAGGCCCCUUUUCUCUUCAAUUCAGUUAUUACAUUACAUGUCAUUAAGCGGACACUUUUAUCCCAAGCUACUUACUUGCACUUCAAUACUGUACACUCCCGGUGCUAUUUUAGACUCUUUGAACUGCUGUGUAUUGAACCACUGACCCUCCGAUAGGUAGACACACAUUUACCCCCUGAGCCACAGCCAAUCUCUCUCUCUCUACAUUUGUGACCCGGCCAUUGAAAUCAGGCAGAUGUCGCUCCGGUGCAUUUGCGAGAUAGUUGUGGAUUUAUGUUUGAAAGUUGUGUUUUGGUCCUUAUUAGGGUUAGGGUUAGGGUUAGGGUUAGGUUAGGGUUAGGGUUAUGUUAGGGUUAGGUUUCGGUUAGGGUUAGGGUUAGGUU